AUGACUAUAGACUACUAUGCCAUCAAUGACCCCGAGACUGUUUCGCACGGAAUUACAUUGAGAAUUGCAAUAGUGGUGUUUUUCUAUAAGAAUGUGGCGGCCGCAUAUGAUACAAAGAAUAAGCUAGUCAAUUGUCUUGAGGUAGCUAACAAAACAGAGGGCCUGGAUCCGCUUGUGAAUAUACUUCCUAAAACUACUAAAGGACCGUCCGAGAAACAAUUCGACGGCGACUUUUCGGGAAAUUUAGACCCAAUCACAGAAAAUUCUGAUAUUAAUGAUUUUGAUGAGAUCCAUGGUAACACAUAUUGUCGAAUUAUGUACGAUGCUGCAAGAUUCUAUCCUAGUUUGAAGCUUCCAUAUACAGUGUUUGUUAAAUUGUAUUAUUUCUCUAGCCGGUUAUGGGAAGAAAAUGAUUUAACAUGCCUUACUAUUCCCGAUAAAAAGGGUUAUUAUGGCAUGUUCUUUAAUGAACUUGUAAUUAAUAAAAAAAUUGCAAAAUCACCAUUUGCUCCGAAUUUUCCAAAGCUUCUUGUUUCUGGUUAUUGGAAUGGACUUCCCGACCAUCCGAUGCAUAUAUUUGAAUCUCUAGGGAAAGAAAUACCAAUAGAAGAGUUGAAUAUGGAUAACGUAUAUGAAGUUAUCAAAUUUUGA